AGCCCCACGCGUGGCCGCCCGGAGGUAAGAGCGGCCCUCCUCGCCUCUCCCGUGUCCUCACCCCGAGAUGGGCUCGCCCACUUUGCCUCCCCCUCCCCGCCGCUGAGUGGUACGGCUCAGGGCGGCGGGGGCCGGGGGCCUGUGGUCUCUGGUCUGUGGUUGGGUGUUCUCCACGCAGUCAGCUCGCCCGUGGGGCUUCAGGGGCUUCCAGAGGCGUUUGGAAACGGGGAAGUGGACAAGGAAUUACUGAAGGGAGUCCAGCGGAGGGUUGCAAAGAUGGUGAGGGGUCUGGAGCAUCUUAUGAGGAGAGACCGAGAGAGCUGGGGCUGUUCAGCCUGGAGAAGCUGAGAGGGGAUCUCAUCGAUGUUGAUAAAUAUCUCAAGGGUGGGUGUCAGGGGAAUGGACCAGACUCUUCAGUGGUGCACAAUGACAGGAUGAGGGGCAACGGGCACAGACUGAAACACAGGAGGUUCCAUCUGAAUAUGAGGAGAAACUUCUUCACUUUGAGGUGCCAGAGCCCUGGAACAGGCUGCCCAGAGAGGCUGUGGAGUCUCCUUCUCUGGAGACAUUCAAACCCACCUGGACACAUUCCUGUGUGAUCUGCUCUGGUGAAGCAGCUUUAGCAGAUGGAAAUGUCAGAAGAUGAUAUUAAUAUGGAAGAAUACCCCACUGAAAUUCAUGAUUACCUUGCAGCAUUUGAAAAAUCUCUUGGUUCUGUAGAUGAGAUGCUGAAGACAAUGAUGUCAGUUUCCAGGAGUGAGCUUCUCCAAAAGUUAGACCCUCUUGAGCAAGCAAAGCUGGAUUUGGUUUCGGUAUACACAUUAAAUUCAAUGUUCUGGGUAUACUUGGCUACUCAGGGAAUCAAUCCAAAGGAACAUCCAGUGAAACAAGAACUGGAGAGAAUAAGAACAUACAUGAACAAAGUCAAAGAAAUAGCAGACAAGAAAAAGGCAUCCAAACUCAAUAAAGGAGCUGCUUCUAGAUUUGUAAGAAAUGCACUCUGGGAACCAAACACUGAAAAUGAACAUUCCUCCAAAACUCCUGCUAAAGGGAAAAAGAGAAAGACGGACUAAACUUCUGUUUCCAUUUGUAUAAAUUACAGAAACCUAGAACUUAUUUUGAAAUGUGUUUUGCAUACUUUAUUCAUCUUACAGAGGUGCUGUAUAGACGUAUCUUGAUUAAGUUAUACUUAAGAAUUUUACAGGAUUGUAUUUUGUCCAGAACACUUAUCACUGAGGUGCUCGCAUUAGAUGUUUGUCUGAGGGUGCCAUUUGAUUUGAAAGAAGUAACAUUUCAUUGUUCAAAUGACAGUGACCUGACAUACGCUUGUUAGUGAUACUAGUGACGUUUUGCUUAUAAUGCCUAAGAGUUCAAUUUUUUUACUGUGGAAUGCUUGCACUUUUUUUUAAUAUGUCCUUAGUCUCCUGAAUAUUAAAAAGUCUCAAACAA